AUGUGUCGAUUCUUUUAUCACACGAUUCGAGCGUACCACAGAGCAGUUACACAGCUUUCCCUCGUCUCCGACAUCGUCAUCUGCCUCCCGCUGAGAAACCCUAAAUCUACUUCCUAUCUAUCUACUGAAUUCAAAAGACUAAAUGCCACAGGUGCACAUAUAUUGGUUUUCCCAUUUCCAGCACAAGGUCACAUGCUCCCACUUCUGGACCUAACUCACCGCUUAGCCAAACACGGUUUAACCAUAACCAUCGUGGUGACCCCAAAAAACCUCCCAAUUCUCAACCCACUUCUCUCUUCUUUUUCUAACAUCCAACCCCUCGUAUUUACCUUCCCACCCCACCCUUCCCUUCCUGAGGGUGUAGAAAACGUGAGAGACAUCGGAAACCAUGGAAACCUCCCUAUCAUCAACUCACUCGCAAAACUCCAAGACCCAAUCAUCCACUGGUUCAACUCCCACUCUAAUCCACCUGUUGCCAUCAUUUCUGAUUUCUUUCUCGGAUGGACACACCACCUCGCCGACAAGCUACGCAUCCCGAGGAUCGGGUUCUUUUCCUCCGGUGCUUUCUUGACCUCUACCCUCGACUACAUCUGCAACCAUAUGUCGUUGAUUCGUUCUCGUUCUCAGGAAGUCGUCACUUUCCACGAUCUCCCGAAUUCUCCUACUUUUCCAUGGGAGCAUCUUCCAUCCAUAGCUCGAUUCUACAAGGAAUCGGAUCCUGAAUGGGAGCUUGUUCUUGAUGGUUUUAUCAUGAAUGCAUCAAGUUGGGGUUGCGUUGUCAAUACCUUUGAUGCAUUGGAGUCUCCAUACAUGGAGCAUCUCACAAAGAUAACGGGUCAUGGGAGGGUUUUCGCCGUCGGGCCGGUUACUUUGCUUCCGGAUUCGGAUCCAACCAAGUCUGGUAUUGGUUUCGGGUGUGAUGUGUUGAGUUGGCUCGAUGACAAACCCGAUGGGAGUGUUGUAUAUGUGUGUUUUGGAAGCCAGAAGUUCUUGACAACCGAGCAAAUGGAGGCUUUGGAAAUUGGGCUCGAGGAGAGUGGGAUUCGUUAUGUUUGGGUGGUGAAACCGGAACAGAGUGGCCCGGUUGGAACCGGGUCGGGUAGAGGAAAAGUGAUAAAGGGUUGGGCACCACAGGUGUCGAUACUGAGUCACCCAGCUGUUGGUGGGUUUCUGAGUCACUGUGGGUGGAACUCGGUUCUUGAAGCUAUUGUAGCUGGAGUUAUGAUAUUGGCAUGGCCUAUGGAAGCUGACCAAUAUGUUAAUGCUAAGUUGUUAGUAGAAGACCUUGGUGCAGCUGUUCGAGUUUGUGAAGGAAAUGAUACUAUACCUGACGCAACCGAGUUGGCUCGGAUAAUUGCCGAGUCAAUGAGUGGGGAGAAAAGUGACAGGAAAAUAAAAGCGGAAGAACUGAAAUCCAAAGCUAUUCAAGCGGUGAAGGAUGGUGGGACAUCAUCUAUGGAUUUAGAUAGGUUUAUUAGUGAGUUGUGUAACAUUGGGCCAAAAAUGAAUGUUGCUGACGCUAUUUCGGUGUAAGAGAUUUCAAAUUAAAAUUUAUAAUUCAACGUGUAGUUUUUAACUA